AUGCGUUCAGUACUGAACUCGAAUGGAUCAAAUAAUCCAGAACCUUAUGAAUGGAUUAUUACUUACAAAAGGAAUACAUUUAAACAUAAAAUUGGUUAUGAGAAAAAUGAAGAAGAAUUUAUUGAUCUUAUAUCAAGACAACUAAACGAAUCAUUUGGUUCAUCGACAGCAACGAUUACCGACUCAAAUAUUAUUGAUCAUUAUAUAGAAAACUACAUUUCAUCAUUAAUAUCAUGUAAAAUUAUUCAUUGUCAAUCUUCAACAUCUACAAUAAAAGAUCAACGACACAUAACUGAAUUUACACGUUUUAAUCCACAUAUAAGCAAAGCAACAGCUAUUUGUUCUCAUACAGAUAUUAAAAUAACAAUCGUAGGUAAUAAUUUAGAUUUUUUCUCAUCACAUAAAAAAAUGUGUAUAAUCACAUCUGAAAAUUUAUUUCAACCUAAUUCUGUUAUAACAGCAUCGGAAAUUUCCCGGAAUAAGCUAGUUUUAAUGAAUAAUAGUCUACUACCAGUUGAAAAACGUGUGACAAUUGGUUCACGAAAAUAUACAUUAGAUACACAUUUUGGUGAAAUUAAUUUAAUAUUAGAACUUUAUGAUGAUGAUACUAAUAAUGGUGAUAAUCAACAACAACAAACAACAUCAACAUUUCACAUAUUUAAUGCGAAUUUUUUAAUGGCUACAUUUCUACGAUCGUUUUUUGAAUGUCUACAUGCAAACUAUGAUUUAUCUUUAUCAAAUAAAAAUAGUAGUUUACAUUAUUUUGCAAAAUUAGUUGCAAAUAGACUACCAGAAAAUCCAGGACGAUUUCUUCUUUAUGGAACUGGUGCGUUAGUCGGUAUAUGUGUUUUAUUUCACGCUGGGCUGAUUAGUUUAAUUGGUUAUCCAUUAUUUGCUGAUACCUUAGUCAGUGGUAUUUUAACACAAUUUGGUGUUGUAGAACUUAGUCUUACUUACGUAGGAACAAUAACUCUCUAUAGUUGUUUAGCUAAUGUUGGUUGUAAUUCAUUGAAUAGAUUCCUUUAUCAUGAACAUUUAGCGUUUUUACUGAAUAGCAUGGGAAGUGAUUCAGAUGAAUGUGCUAAUGAAAAAAUGUUAGAAACACAAUUAUGCGAUAUAUUGGAAAAGAAAUCGAUUGAUUUUGAUGCUACUGAUAUGAGAGACCGUAAAAUAAUCAAAAAAAUAAUCAAAGACAAACAUUUAUUCCACACGAAGGAAAUAACACAUUCGAAACGACUAACUUUAGAUGGUACCACAAUAGACUCACAAAUGAACGCAUUUGGAUUUUUACAUGAUAUUUAUUAUAUUUGUAAAUUACGCCGGUCGAUGACAGGACAAUAUAUAUCAUUUAUUGGUGCACAUCGUGCUGGUAAAUCAAGUUUAUUAAAAUCAUUAUGGAAUAUACCAGCACAACGUGGUGAUUACUUUGAUAAUCGUACACAACAAAUACAAAUGUAUACAUUAUAUGAUGAUAAUAGUAGCAAUAAAGUUCAUUUACUUGAUUUUCCCGGUUUGACAGACCCUGUACAAACCAUAGCACAUUUGAAUCAAAAUUAUUGUGUAUUUAGUACAUUUUAUGUUAUUGUUGUAAGAGCUGGCACCGAUUAUAAUUCAGCUGCAGAAUUAAUUAAGGAGCUACAAACAUCACCAACAAUCACAUCCCCUUCAGAGACGAAGCAACUACUAUCAAACGCAACUACCACCACUCAAUCGAAACUCGUAGAUGAACACGUUUCAAUAGAUCAACAGAAUAGAGGACAACAGCAAUAUGGUUUGAAUAAAUCAGCAAAAUUUGUUGUUAUUAUUACUGGUAUUGAUACAAUACCCGAUUCAUUAAUUGAAAAUGAAUUAAAUGAAGCUAUAAAUAGACGAUUAAAUAUAAACAAAGAAUUAAUUUGUUUGUGUUAUAAUAAAGAAGCUAUUGAUGAUGAAAACUUUUUACGUUCACAUGAAUCAAGAAAUCUACCUGGUAUAUUCGAAGUACGAACAUUCUUAAAUAAACAUUUCAAUCAAAUACUUGAUAAACAUUCUGAUUUUAAUACAUAUAAAUAUAGCAUAUAA